CGCCCCUAACCGCCUCGCCUCGCGGAGUGACGCGUGCGCCGAGCAGCCAAUCAGAGCGCAGCGUGGUUUUCAAACGGGAGGCGGCGGCGGCGUGCGGGAAGCGGCGGGACCGGAGCGGGACCGGGACCGGGAUCGGGAUCGGGAUCAGGAUCAGGAUCAGGAUCAGGAUCAGGAUCAGGACCGGGGGCGACCCGGAGCGGGGCCAUGCGGGCCGCCAAGUCCCCCGCCGCGCAGCAGCGGCCCCGGCGCCCCCCCCUGCAGGAGCUGCGGCUGCAGCCGGGCGCGGAGCGCACCAGCCUCACCCCGCUGCUCCGCCGGCUGCGGCUGAAGGACCAUGACUGCGCCACCCCAGUGCCCGGCCCCCGCGGCCCCCGCAGCAGUGUCACCCCGCUGCCUUGUGCCCUAGGACCACCCAGAAGUGCUAUCCUGCCCCCCCCCCCGCAGCACCACCCUAUUGCCUGGCACCCCAGGGCCCUCCAGCAGCACCAUCCUGGAGGCCCCUGGGACUCCCACCCUGGGCACCAGUGUAUUGGAGCCCCCCAGGACUCCCACCCUGGUGCCCAGUGCCCCAGAGCCCCCCAAUAGCACCAGCCCAGAGCCCCCAGGCAGUUCCUCCCCAGGGGCCUGCACCCCAGAGCCCCACAGCAGCACUGUGCAAGCACCCCCGGACAGCCCUAUCCCAGGGCCCAGCAACCUGGAGCUCCCCAGCAGUCCCAUCCCAGAUCCCUGCAUCCCGGAGCCCCCCAGCAGUCCCAUCCCAGAGCUCCCCAGCAGCCCCAUCCCAGAUCCCUGCAUCCCGGAGCCCCCCAGCAGUCCCAUCCCAGAUCCCUGCAUCCUGGAGCCCCCCAGCAGUCCCACCCCAGUGUCCUGCAUUCCAGGCCAGCUCAGCAUCGUCAGCUCAGUGCCCUGCACCCCUACCUCUCCAGACAGCACCACAAUGGCACCCUGCACUCCUGGGCCCUCUGGCAGCACCAGCUCAGGCUCCUGCACCCCAGGGCCCCCUGGCACCAGCUCCACCCCACAAGAAGGUCCCUUCCAUGGGUGGCGAGCAGCACCUGCUGACUUCUCCUGCAGCCCCAUGGCCCCUGAACCCCCAUCUGGAGAUGAGGGUGCUGGUUCCCUGCCUUGCCAAGACACCCCUGAGGGAGCCAAGUCCCCAUCCCCUGCCCCCCAAGAGCAGGGACUCCCCACAUCCCCCUCCAUUGAGGCAGGUAGGUCGGAGCUGGUUGCAUUGGACGAACCAGCCACCCCUGUCCCCUCGCCCGAGGUGGCCUCGGGUGCUGUGUCCUGGGUGCUGCCAUUGGUGUGGCUGGAGAAGAGCCUCAACUCCUCAUCCUUGGUGGAGUCCCUGUGGCACAGCCUGCUCCUGCCACGGCAGGAUAUUGGCACCAGCAUCACCCCGGUGCCCACCACAACCGCUGGCACCAGCAGCACCCCGGUGCCCACCACAACCGCUGGCACCAGCGUCACCCCGGCGCCCACCGCACACACUGGCACCAGUGUCAGCCCUGUGCCCACUGCAACCGCCGGCACCAGCGUCACCCCAGCGCCCACUGCACACACCAGCACCAGUGUCAGCCCUGUGCCCACUGCAACCGCCGGCACCAGCGUCACCCCUGUGCCCACUGCACACACCGGCACCAGCGUCACGCCUGUGCCCACUGCAACUGCCGGCACCAGCGUCACGCCUGUGCCCACUGCAACCGCUGGCACCAGCGUCACGCCUGUGCCCACUGCAACCGCUGGCACCAGCGUCACCCCUGUGCCCACUGCAACCGCUGGCACCAGCGUCACCCCUGUGCCCACUGCAACCGCCGGCACCAGCGUCACCCCGGUGCCCACUGCAACCGCCGGCACCAGCGUCACCCCUGUGCCCACUGCACACACCGGCACCAGCGUCACGCCUGUGCCCACUGCAACUGCCGGCACCAGCGUCACGCCUGUGCCCACUGCAACCGCUGGCACCAGCGUCACGCCUGUGCCCACUGCAACCGCUGGCACCAGCGUCACCCCUGUGCCCACUGCAACCGCUGGCACCAGCGUCACCCCUGUGCCCACUGCAACCGCCGGCACCAGCGUCACCCCGGUGCCCACCACAGCCACUGGCACCUUCAUGACCCCCCGGGACCUGCAGGAGAGGAGCACCAACACAUCCAUGGGUCCCCCUCCCUGUGCCAAGGACAGCGCUGCCGAAACAGACUCCCUGCUCUGGCACUGUCCCCGGGAGCAGUUGAAGUCCCUGCCGCGGGCAGAGCUGGAGGGGCGUCUGGAGAGCACCCUCAUCAUCAUCGAAGCACUGUCACUCCAGCUGCGUGGCUGGCAGGAGAACCAGCGGCUCCUGCCUGGCGUGGGGCCGGCCGAGCAGAGGGAUGCGCUCACGCAGACCGAUGUCAUCCACCCCAAAGGGGAGGAGAUCUACCGCAACCUCUACCUCGAGCUGCGGAGGAGGAUGGAUGCUCUGCAGCGGCAGCGGGGAGCGGAGCAGGACCUGCAGCAGGAGCUGAAGAUGGCAGUUGAGGGCAUGGGUACCUGGAGCAGGCAGCGCCUCCCGUUCCACAGCCUUGCGGAUGCCUGUUUCCAGAGCCUGCAGGAUGAGCAGAGAGCGCUCGCCCAGGAGCGGGAGCAGGCGAGGGCCCUGGUGUCCCGGUGCCAGGCCCUGCUGGAAAGGGUUCCCGGCAAGCUGCAGCGCUGCCUGGAGGAGCGCGAUGCCAUGAGGCAGCGAGCGGAUGAAGCCCUCCAAGCCAAGGAGGAGGCAUCUCAUCAGCUGGAGGAGACCUCAGUGGCCCUGCAGGACACGGUGGCUAAGCUGGAGCAGUUGACAGUGGCCAACUUGCGCCUCAGCACAGACCACAGCUCCCUGAUGACCAGUCUGGCCAACGUGGAGCAGGAGCGGGAUGCGCGGCAGCAGGAGCGGGAUGCGCUGCAGCAGGAGAAUGAGAAGCAGCGGGAGGAGAUAGCCUGGCUGGCGCGGGAGCAGGGAGCGCUGCAGCAGGAACGCAACGGGCUGUGCCAGGAGCUGCGGGAGGCAGCGGAGUGCCGGGAGUUCCUGGAGCAGGAGAACCGCAUGUGCCGCACGCAGCUGCUGGAGGUGGAGGCCAAGCUGAGGUCCACGCUGGACACGCUGCAGGAGCACAACCUGCAGCACGAGGAGCUGAUGGAAUCCCACCAGCGCCUGUGGGAAGAGCGCGCUGCCCUCAGCAAGGAGCUGGAGAGCACCAAGGCCGAGCUCCUCGACUUGCAGCUUAAGAGGAACAAAGUCUCCUGGUGCUCCAAAGACAUCGUGGAGAGCAAGAUGCGGCUGCAGGAGCUCGCUGAGUGCCUCAGGGCUGCUCUGCAGGAGGAGGAUGAUGAUGAUGAUGCUGCCCCAUCGAAAAGCAAAGCCUGGACCCCGGUCCCACGGACGCCGGGCUGGCAGACCCCGUACCGUGUCCGGACCCCUGCCUGCCGCACGCCGGCGUUCCGGACCCCUCACUGCACCGCUGGGAGCUCCUUCGUGGGCAGCAUCCUGAAAGCAGUGUCCGGGGAAGGUGCUGAUGAAGCCAUUGGAGGUGGGAGUGCAUUUACCAAGGACAAACCUGCCUCUACACCAAGGGCAAUAGAGCCUGAGGAUGGUUUGCUGGAGAGCGUGAAGCAGCUGAGGGCCGUGGUGUCCGACCUCGCCAUGCUGAGCUGCCGCAUCCAGGAAUUGGAGCAGAGCGAGUUCAAGGCGCUGCAGACAGAGAUCUCCAACCUGCAGCUCCAUUUGGAGACGGUGACAACGGAAAGCCAGGAGAAGAUUGAUGCCCAGGCUGCCACCAUCAUCAAGCUGAACAAGGCACUGAGGGGCAAGCUGGAGAAUGAGAAGGAGCUGCAGGACGUGGUGAAACGACAGGAAGAGAAGAUGCUGCAACUCAUCGACAAGAGUGGGGAAGUCACGAGUCUGAAGGAAGAGGUCUUCCAGCUGAAGCGCUUGCUGCAGCGCGCAGAGACGGAGGCCAAGGUGCUGUGGGAGGAGAUGAGGGGACAGAGACCCAAGGAGGACACUGUGUAUGUGCAGGAGCGAGUCCUGCAGCGGCAGGAGAUGGGCAAACUGCGGCUGCUGCUCCUGGAGAAGGUGGAUGAGAACCAGCGGCUCUCAGAUAAGGUCCAAGGGCUGGAGCUGCAGCUCCAUCGCAGCCAGAAAGCACUGAGGACCCAUGAGGAGAUGCAGGAGAAGAUGAAGGAGGUCCUGGUGGCUGUCCCUGACGUGGCCCUGGCGUGCCAGGAGCAUCACAGCCUGCUGCGGUACUGGGGCUUGAAGCCAGAGAGUGUCAGCAAAGACGCUGCGGAGCCGCUAUAGCCCGUAGGGUGAAACCUUCCCCUUGUUAAUGCUGUAAUUAUUUAUUGAAUAAAGUUUUGUUGGUGUUCA